AAACGUAACAGCAGUGUGAUAGUAGUGGAAGAAUUAAUUGCCCUUGAUCAGUUCAAGGCAAUACGAACCAACACAGGGCCCUCUUGUGGCUGGUUGUUUUUCUUUCCCUUCUUUUGUCUCGCCCACAGUCGAAAGGUGCGACCACGGCUGUCAAGGGUUCGAUCUCGUUCACACCCAACCUCCCCCUCCCCCUCGAGGGGGUGCCUGGGCCAUUGGUGGUGAUAUCCCAAUCGUCCCCUGACCAACGCAACUGACCGUCGUCAUUUCGGUUUCAGUUUUGCUUUGCGAGCUCGCGAACCAAACGGGUUGAAAAGGGUUGAUGCGUGUGAGACAGAGAGGGAGUUGCGCGACGUAAAGGUGCCACGGGCCAAGAGACAAAAGCGUAACACAACCACCACAACACAACGUUGCUAAUCAUAAUCGUAGCAGGCCAUUAAUCGAACCCCAGGUUAACUAACUAGCAAAAGCGUGGACGUAUAUUUGGAAUCGAACCUUGGAAACGGGAAUUGCCCGGUAAAAUUUUCCUCGAAAUAGUGUGAAAAUAUUGCAGUAAUCAUUGGGAAGGAGUCAUAACGAAGCAAAACGGAGAAACGACAAUUACCGUCCAGUUCAUGUAGCUAGGGCGCAUCGACGUUGUGUGCGUGAGUGUAUUUACGGCAAUAGGUGGUGUUGGUUGGCCCGAUUGGAUUGUGUGCGUGAGAAGAAUGAGAUAGCUGUAGUGUUCGCGAAAGAGGCAAUAGUAAAAGUGGUGUUUGAUGGUGGGUGUAUUGUGCUGUCAGCAGGAACAUCAUCAUUCUACACACGCUCCGACGGACAAAAGCAAAGUGCAAUCCGCAGUCGGUUCGCGAACUCCAAAACGUUCACAAUCGACGACGUGUGUGAAGAGCGAGACAGAGUGAGAACAAUAGAACGGGUUGCUGAAGAGAAGUGCCGUGUGCGUGUGUGAGUGAGUGUGUGUGUGUGCGUUGCCCAUUAUAUUUCCGAAUGCAUGGCUGCAGCAGUACAUUGAAGAGCCAGUGAGUUAAAUUUGCGGAUUGCCGUGGUGUGUUGUGUCAGCAGUUGCAGCCGCAUUCCCUCGACCAGAUACACAAAGCACACAGACACACAGAGGCGCGCGUGGUUACUGGUGUCUCCGCUGAUGGCCGACAAUGCGCCUGCAGCCGCUGCAAGUAGUGUGAAGUGUGGUGACGGUGGUCAGCCUCUCGACAGUUCGCUCGCGUCCUCGAAAAAAAUGUACAACCCAAACAACAACGUCCAGGGUGCCAGCGGCAGCGGCAACAACGGUGGUGCCGCCCCGGGUGGAACAACCCCGAAUGCAGCAACGGCCGGCCCGGUCGACCGUCUCAGGAUGCUGUAUCCGAACGUCAACGAAGCGGUCGACCCGCUGCCACGCUCCUGGAGCCUGCAGGACAAGUGCAGCACCAUCGGAUUAACGCAAAACAAUUUACGUGUUCAUUACAAAGGAAUUGGCAAAUCACACACAGAUGCGGCAUCCGUGCGUACCGCCUAUCCCAUCCCGGCCGCCUGUGGACUGUACUACUUCGAGGUGAAAAUCAUCUCCAAAGGUCGCGAUGGAUACAUGGGCAUCGGGCUGACCCACACAAACUUCAAGAUGAACCGCCUGCCCGGUUGGGACAAGCAAUCGUACGGCUAUCACGGCGACGACGGGCACUCGUUCUGCUCGUCCGGCAAUGGGCAACCGUACGGGCCCACAUUUACCACCGGUGAUAUUAUUGGUUGUGGCGUCAAUCUGGUCGACAAUACUUGUUUCUACACAAAGAACGGUCACCAUCUGGGCAUCGCUUUCAAGGAUCUACCGCCUCGGUUAUACCCGACGGUUGGACUACAAACGCCCGGUGAGGUAGUCGACGCGAACUUCGGUCAGGAACCGUUCAAGUUCGACAUCGAAGACAUGCUGAAGGAGCUGCGGGCCAGCACGAAGGCCACGAUCUACAACUUCCCACUGCCGGAUGAUCAGGGCGACUGGACGGUGAUCCUGCACAAAAUGGUUUCCUCCUAUCUGGUCCAUCACGGGUACAGCUCGACGGCGGAAACGUUCGCACGGACCACGGGUCAAACUUUACAGGAAGACAUGACAUCGAUUAAAAAUCGACAAAAAAUCAUAAAACUAGUGCUUUCCGGUCGCAUGGGGCAAGCAAUCGAACAAACCAUUCGUCUCUAUCCGGGUCUGCUAGAGUCGAAUCAAAAUCUGCUUUUUAUGCUGAAGUGCCGACAGUUUAUCGAGAUGGUAAACGGAUCUGACUUUGACCUAGGUACUCCUUCGUCGCGUACGAGCCCAGUGCAAACAUCGGUGAUACAAUCAACAAAGAGUUAUCAAAACGGCAGCACCAUUAUUCCGGAUAACGUUGACAAUCAGGGAUACUUAAAAAAUAACGUCCUCAGUAAUAACACCAACAAUAACAAUAAUGGCAACUGCAUCGAAGACGACUACUCGAACGACGUUGAGAUGGAGAACGGUCACAGCAAUAAUAGCGCCACGAAUGGUUACAAAAACGGUACCGCAAAUCGAACGAACACAAACGAAUCGGUAGAAGAGGAAGAAGAGGAACCAGACACGGGCAGGGAUGAAGAUAUGGACGUGGAUUCAUCACUGUCGCCCAACUGUAAAUCGGCGAGUGCCACGACAAAGUCAGGUGUCGAGCGGAUGCUAGAAUUUGGCCGGGAGCUGUUCCAGAUGAGCCAACGACUGGAGAAGGAACAUGGUGUUAAUGAAACUAAUCAAAAAAUGUUAGAGGAUGCAUUUAGUUUAUUAGCCUAUUCUAAUCCAUGGGCCAGCCCGCUCGGCUGGCAACUGUGCCCAUCGCGUCGUGAAGCUGUAUGUGCUGCUCUAAACUCUGCCAUAUUAGAAUCAAUGAAUUACUCAUGGCGACCACCGCUAGAGGUGUGCAUAGCGCAUGCCUGCGAGCUGCUCCGUCUCAUGUCGAGCUCAUCCCUCGGUGCGUGCGCGUUCGUCAGUGUGGACGAUAUUCUUGCUCAACAGCAACAUUGACUACGUCUAAUACUUCAGCUAGCGCCUUACUUCAAUUUCUAAUGGAUGCGUCGCCAUUUCUUACCCAACAUUUCCCCCCGCCAACAAACACCAACACAUCCCCCCACUCUCACGCCUCCUCUUGCAUGCAACGAUCUCUCCAUUAAGAAACCGGUUCGGGUGGAAUAGAACGCGAGGAAAAGGACAGUCUGUGCUGUAGUCUUGAGAAACGCUAGUAUCAACCAGGAAGCUACGAAAAUUUCGCAAUGGAAAAGUCACAUCCGUGCGAAGCACGGUCAUUAGAAUGUGUUAACGGUCAUCUGAGCGUACGUGUGUGUGUUUUUUUGUUUUCCUGAACUGUAUAGCUUUACCUUUUUUGUUGUUGUCUCUUAAAAAAUUAACAAUUCAGACAUCACA